AGACACCUCAGAUCUAAGAUGAGAAGCUAUUAUGGAAGAAAAGGAUAUUAUAAGAGAAUUUUCAAGAGAAAUAGAUGAUUUUAAUAGAAAUUUAUUAAAUAUAACAUUUGAAUACAAAAAUUUACAAAAGAAAAAACUUGAAAAAUUUUCAGAAUAUUGCAGGAAAUAUGAGGAAACAAUAGAUUAUCAGAAUAAUAUAAUAAGAUCUCUUAUUAAGGAGAGAAAUAAAGAAAUCCAAGUAAUUCAUGAAUAUAAAGACCAAUUAGAAAAAGAAAAACAUCAUGAAUUAUUAUUAGAUUAUAAUAAUUAUAUUAAAUCAAUUUGCAAAAAAAGUUUAGAAUAUGAUAUAUUACUGUUUUUUCUUGAUAGAUAUGAGAAAAUGAAGGAAUCUCUGCUUUAUUUAUCAAAAAAAUAUAGAAAAGACAAGAAAAAAUGGAAAGAAUAUAUAAAUUAUUAUGAAAUAGAUAAAAAAUGUAAAGAUCAUGAAUUAUCUAAGGGUAUAAACAGUUUAAAUGGAAAGAAGAGUUCAGGAGAAAAUAGCGAUUCGAAUUUGCAAUCUUUAUUGAUGAAUAAAGUAGAUUCAAAUAAGCCAAAAACCAAUUCCCAGACUUUAGAAUCUUUAGUAUUGAGUGGUUCAUCAAAACCUAAUAUGAGUCCAUCAUCAUCAAUUUUAUCAGAAUGUCUUGAUAAAUAUAUUUUUGAUAAUCAAAAAGAUGCAUGUCAUAUAGGUGAAUGCUUAUAUAAUGAUUCUACAACAGAAGAUGAAAGUGAAACUAUAAAAUCAUUCAUUUGUGAUUCUAAUAUAAAAGAGUUGUUUAACGAUUCGAAAGUAAAUGAAGAAGAAAAAUCUAAUUUAUUUAAAUCUGUUACAUCAAAUAAUAACCCAGAAAUUCAUAAUUAUAAUUUAGAUGAUAUCAAGAAAAAUGAAAAUAAUUCUUUAAAAUCCUUUUCUAAAGAGAAUAUUGAAGGUUUUCAUGAUAUCUCAAAGAAUCUUCAAACAAUGACACCUAAAUCUGAACAGGUUGAAAAAAAUACAGUACUAAAUAUAUCUAAAUUCUUACCAACACCUAAACCAGAUUCUAGAUCUAUAUAUCUAAAAACUGAAUUGUUCAAUAAACAAAAAGAUAUGAAUAAGGAGAAUAUAUCAAAAAUUUCUAUUGAUCUUGAUACAUCUCACACUUUUUCAACAUUUAGUAACGUUCAAUCAUUAGCUAAUGAAACAAUGGAUACUUUGAAGACAAACAAGGAAUAUACUAGUAAUACUGAUUUAGGAUCAAUAUUAUUGAAAAAAAAGAAAGAUAUACUAAUUAUAGAUUCUUCUUCAGAAAAAGAGAUCAUAGAAAACACUCUUACUACAAAAAAAAGUAAUUCAGAUGAAAACACAAAUUUAAAACGUAGAAUUUCUCUUCAGCAUGAUGAAAACAAUAAACUAGAUAAGAAAAAUGAAUUUGCAUCUAAUUUCGAUAACAAAAAGCUAGGAAGAUAUGCAAAAAAAUCUAAAAAUACAGAAGAAUCUUUAAAUGAUUAUGUUAUCGACUUGAAUAAAAAUGAUAAUAUUCCUUAUGCAUAUGGUGAAGUAGUUAGAGAUAAAGCAUCUAGAAAACAUCUUCCUGCAUGUGCAUGUGACAAUUGCAUUAAGUUUUUUGAAGCACAUGGCCCAAUUGCUACUAUUUUUAAGCCCCAAUGGAGAUCACCUUCGAAAAAGGAAGUAUAUACAGAUUCAAAUAAAGAUCAUAUUUAUAAAAAUCUUCAAGAAGUAUCUCGACAUAGAGCUGCUUUUUUUAGACCCAAAACACCACCUGGGUUUUGGGAAUCUGAUUUUCCAAAUACACAACAAGAACAGAUUUACAGAAAACAAGCACAAGCACAGAAUAACGAAAGACUUAAAGAAAGACAACUUGAAGCAGAAAGAGGAGGAAGAUGGAAAAAAAAAGUUUAAUUACUAUAUAUUAUAUUCCUCAAAUCACUCUUACAAUAUAAACAC